AUGGCUAUUUCGAGAGUCUUCUUCUCCGACUUGAAGUCCGGCAAAUGCUCUUCCGUCGCCGAAGCACGUCUUCUACGGUUCUGGGAGGCGAGGAACGUCAAGCGCGGUGGUGAGUUGAUGUGGGUCGAUAUGCUGCUUAUGGACGUUAAUCUACUAUCAACGCAAAUCGGCUUCCAAAAUUCCGAGAGAGGCUCGCCGCCGGAACGAUGUAUUCUGUCUCUGGCUUCGACGUGGUUCGCUGUUGCUCAGAACUUCAAGCUUGCGGACUCUUCUUUGAUGAUUCGGUUUAACGAAUCAACUGAGUUUGACGUGCUAGCUGAUCCGGUCUCACCAUUACCUGUAGAGGGAUGCCGGUUCCGUAACCAAACUGAUGUCUGUUUACCACGUAGCUUGCUUAUAUCGAUUUUGGAAUCUGUAGAUAUUAUUGGUGAGAUCAUGGCAGUGAAGAGCACCGUGUCUGACCCUCCGGCGGACAAAAAUCGUGUCAUGGUCACCGUUAAACUAGACAAUGAUGUGUCUAUUACUCUUAGCAUGUUCGACGUUCAAGCCGUAGCUUUUCACCAAAAGCUUGGAGGCAUGCGUGGUGAUCUUAAAGUGAUUGUUGCAACGAGCAUAAAUCCGAAGAUGGUCGGAGGUCGUUUAUUCCUCAACGCGACAUCAGGAACGCAUGUCAAUUACGAUAAGGAGACAAAUGCAGGGGAGUCUUUCUUUACAGGUAAGCUUAGCAUACUGGUGGCUAGAGACACAGGUCUUCCGGCCGCUGCACCACUGCUAAGGUUUUAUGCCAAGGUUGAGCCUGUGACAAUUGCUGAGCUUAACAAUUUUAUCACCACUGCUCAGUCACAGGAAAUCGACUUCUUAUGCACUGGGAGAGUUUCCCGAGCUGAAGCGGACAAGGGGUGGUGCUAUGUUGCAUGCUCUAAGUGCAGUAAGAAGUUGCAGCGCACUGUCACUUCGUUUGAAUGUGCGCGUUGCAAUAAUACUAAUGCUGUCGGGUCUCUUCGUUAUUGUGUUGAGAUGGUUAUAACGGAUGAUACUGCGGAAGGGACAUUCGUUUGUUUUCAUGGUAUGAUGGCUAAGCUGCACAAUCUCAGGGCAAGUGAGGCUGUUCAGAUAUUGGCCGAGGAAGGAGUGAACCCUGAGUCCGUGGUGCCUCCGUUCGUUGCUGAAAUGGAAGGCAAGACCUACACUUUCCAGGUCCGAAUCACGUCAUACAAUUUCACCGUCAAUCAUCAGACGUUCACCGUCUCGCGUAUCAUCAAUGAGGUUGAGCGUGCACCAUCUCCUGACUUUGUCGAUGAUGGAGGUGAUGACGAUGAUGAUGAUGAUGCGCCGGAUGGGACGACCAGUGGUGAGAAAUCUGCUUCCGGCAAGGGCGGUAGUGAGACAUCAAAGAGUGCUGGAAAGAAGCCAGUUGGAAAUGUGCGCAAGAGGGCGCGUGUUGAUUGAUAUGGAUCGUCAGUGAUCAUCUUUCCAUGUUCUGAAUUCUAAUAAUGUUUUCACAUUCUACUUAUUUUUGGAUUUUAUCUAUUUAUGUUAUAGAUUUUCUUCUUUCACUUUCCUUUGUUUCUUUCUUUGUGGUUGUUAUAAAAUGAUCUUUUGAAUUGGUGGUUGAUUUAUUUUCGGUGAGUUAGUCAAUUUUAAUGAUUAUAAUUAUAAAUA